AUGGCGCUGAGCGAGGCUCACACAAAGCAUUCUUCACGCGAGGUCGAGUUGCGACUCAAGGAGCGCGAACGAAAGGCCGAGAUGGAACGAAAACAGCAGGAGGAGCGGGAGAGGAAGGAGAAGGAACUGGAGGAGAAGUUGCGGCGGCGCCACUUUGAAGAGCAGCGGCGGGAGAAAGAGCGACAGGAGAAGCGAGAGCAGGAUCGGCUCGCGAGGGAGAAGGAAAGGGAGCGCAGGGAGGAAGAACAGCGUCAGUCUCUCCUUCACGGUCCCAAGAAGGCUCACGGCAAGGACGGUGGCCCUCGCUGGCCGUCUUCCAAGCGCAGGAACCUCUCCGACGAUGAAGACGACGACGACGGCGGUGAGGGCGGCUCUGGUGCCAUGGCGCUCACUCGGCAGGAGAAACGGGAACGUAAGUUCCAGCUCGAGCUUCGUCGUUCGACUGCAGCCUCGUCAAAGCGCGCGGGUGCGGCCUCAUCGUACGGGAAGCAUGCAGCACGCCUGCCAGGAGGAGCCAUCGACCUCGCCACCCCGUCAAAUCCUCAUGCGCUCUCAUCUCCCGACGCAGGCGGCUCCGUUCGUGCUCGGCUCGCUGCGAUGCCUAAUACCCUGACAAAGCUCAAUGUUAACAAGCGCGACACCCGUACCAUCGACGAGAUCCUGCAGGACCGUGCAAAGGCCAAGGCUUCCCAGGUCCUCGAUGGUGAUGAAGCACGCGAGUUCAACAAUUGGUUCGGGACGAAGCCCAAAUCACAUACACGGCCCCAUUCAUCCGCUUCACCCUCUGCGUCGGGCACCAGUACUCCACCUGCGACCAGACUUCCUACUACUGCCACUUCGUCCUCAUCUGCCAUGGCUGCUCCCAUUCCCAAGAAAUCUGCGUCCAGUGCCGCAUCUUCCAGACCUUCAGCUCCGUCGCUCGCCAGAUCAUCAUCCACCAAGACCGCCGUCUCUUCCAAAGCUAACGGCUCUCUGGCCAGACGGGAACAAGACUCCAAAUCCUCCUUGGCCAGCACAUCCCGGCCCUCCGCACCCUCUCGCAACACACCAUCUUCUUCCAAGCUUCCCUCCAUCAAACGCGCUCCCCAAUCCUCCAAUAAGAAACGUACUCGCUCACCCUCCUUGUCGGAUUCGCCUUCCCCUCCACCAUCGAAGCGUCGCACGCAGGCUUCGCCCGCAAACGACAUCAGUGCAGAGAUCUGGAAGCUGUUUGGAAAGGACAGAGGGGCCUAUGUCCAGCGCGACGUAUACAGUGAUGACGAGGAUAUGGAGGUGGACGCGAGAGAGGUCGAAAUGGAGGAAGCGCGAAGUGCGCGAUUGGCUAAGAAAGAAGAUCUGGAGGCCGAGGCGGAAGAGAAACGGAGGGAAGAGGAGAAGCGCAGACGCAAGCUUGAGCGCGAGCGAAGGGGUUGA